CGGCGCAUGCGCGGGGGAGGCGGUGAGGGGGCGCGUGAAAAGGGUCGGCCGGGCGCGCAGGCGCAGGCGGUGCCGUCGCAGCCUGCGCAGGGAGAGUUGGUCGGGGCUGGGGCCGGCGCUGGGUCGGGCCGGGCCGCGCCGGGCGCGCUGACAGGAUGGACGAGGACGUGCUGACUACGCUGAAGAUCCUCAUCAUCGGCGAGAGCGGCGUCGGCAAGUCCAGCCUUCUGCUACGGUUCACAGAUGAUACAUUUGACCCAGAACUUGCAGCAACAAUUGGUGUGGACUUCAAGGUGAAAACUAUUUCGGUUGAUGGAAAUAAAGCUAAACUGGCAAUAUGGGAUACUGCAGGUCAGGAGCGGUUCAGAACAUUAACACCCAGUUACUAUAGAGGUGCACAGGGUGUUAUUCUAGUUUAUGAUGUCACAAGAAGAGAUACCUUUGUCAAGCUGGAUAACUGGUUAAAUGAAUUGGAAACAUACUGCACGAGGAAUGACAUAGUUAAAAUGCUAGUUGGAAACAAGAUUGAUAAGGAAAACCGUGAAGUUGACAGAAAUGAAGGUCUCAAAUUUGCAAGAAAACAUUCCAUGUUGUUCAUAGAGGCAAGUGCAAAAACAUGUGAUGGUGUACAGUGUGCCUUUGAAGAACUUGUUGAAAAGAUCAUUCAGACUCCUGGACUGUGGGAGAGUGAGAGCCAAAACAGAGGUGUAAAGUUAUCAAACAAGGAAGAAGGAUAUGGAGGAGGAGCAUGUGGUGGAUACUGCUCUAUGUUAUAAACUUUGGGAAGCUUAUUCUUUGCAUAUUUAAACAGAUAGUGACAUCUUUCUAUAAAUAAAUUCAUUAAAUGCUAUUUUUAGGGACCUUGCAGUUUGCACAUAUUUGUUUUGUAUCAUGGCAGUGAACACUUGUAGGAAAAAUGUUCUGCAGCUUUCCCAGUUUGAAAACGUUAUGGUAAGCAUGCCCAAUUUGCAAUCUUCAGGUUUUUAUAAGUAGCAUAAAUAAUGUGCAAGAACGAAUGCACUCAGAAUUUUAUGCUCAUAAACAUUCAUCAUGUAACUACUCUAAACAAAUCCAUCUAACACGUAGACAUUACUGCAUUGUCUGCUUUUUGUCUCAUUUUUAAAUACUCUUGAAAUUAUAGAACUAUAUAGUAUGCACAGAUCCUGAAAACCGUGCGAGCUAUAAGUAUGCAUUUCAUCUCUUCUAGUAAAUGCUUUUUUUAUGGUAUUAAAAACAGCACAGUUAUACAGUUCUUAGACAAAUCUGCUAAAUUUUUGUCUUUCAGCAGAGCUGUCUAAAAUAUGAACUGGCACAGGCCAUAGUUAGUUUCAGCACCUUUUUGAAGAGAUGCUUUGAAAGCUUCCUUUGCAAUGCUGGGGAAUGCCCUUUUUUUUCUUUUUAAUCAUCGCUUCAGUUGACUGCUUAACUGGAGUUUUAAUCCUGUGAUAUUUAUAUACUAAAUUCAUGGUACUCUUGCACUCUAGGUUUUUAUGAUGCGAUCUACUCUAGACCUGCCACAGAAAGUCUUCAUUUUGGCAAAGAGUUUGAAUGACAUCUUUGUUCUUUCAUUGUGAAUCAGUUUGCCACACUUCAGUACAGACACCUAAUUUUCCUAAAUGUUUGUAAUGUAACUUAAACUGUAGCUCACUAUGGCUAUGAAGAUCUGUAUCAUGUCUGCUUUGUGUGGCUACUUGUUCAGAAAUAUAACUUCCUGUCCCAGAUACUAAAUGGGAAGUUAUAUGGCUUUUGGAUCUCUGUAUGGAAAAUACUAUUGCAAUGAGUAUUCACUUGAAUUUACUGUAAUGAAGCCAAUGAUUUGUUUCAGAAGACUUGUAUAGACUAAUAAAUUUUUUUUCCACAGUA